CCUAGCCAUCGUGAGGGGUGGAUGUGUGUCGUGGGCUCCACAACUGGCCAGUGUACACAAAUAGUGGUCUAAUUGGCUUGUUUUGAACGUCUGCAUUAACGAUCAUUAUCUCUUUCGAGUAGAUCGUGUGGUGUGAACCCGAUAAUGAUAAAUAGAGGUUGAAUUGAAUAUUGUCAUUCGUGAUUAUAAUGUGAAGUGAUAACAAGAGAAUUUAUAUAUAUAGAAUGUAAAAAAAAAAUAUAGACUGUUGUGAAUUAUAACACUGUCAAGUUUUCUUCGUUAAUAACUCAAGACAAAAGUUGACUAAGGUUAUGGUGUAGCCGUGACACUCCAGGAGACGACUAGGGCGCCUGCAGCCUCCCCAGCUGGAGAGCAUCAAUACUGGCACAAGCACCCGCAGGAGUCUGCCUGCAAGACAGUUUUAGCCAUGUCUCUCAAUACUAGCGACUCUCGAAUCACAUGGCCAACGGCCUUAGUGCCCACCGCCGGUGACGCAAUGAUGGACGCUCCUCUGGGCAUGUUUACAAGUCACAGAAGGGUGCGAGGGUGAGAACGAGGUUUAUGAGCGGUGUAAAAAGUGUAGGAGCCCUCAGAGGUUUACGAGCGGUCCGAGAGUGAGGAUGAGAGCAUAAGACCCAGGGGGGAGAGGUGCCCGAUCAGGCAUGAUCUACAAAAUUGGAACGAUGGACCCGAGACUGAGUGUCUGUCCGUCCAUCCAGUCCCCCUUUCACGCCUUGGACGUCGUGUGGGCGUGACUAGGGCGUGGGCUACAACAAGAAUGAGCCUGGCUUGGGUGGUUUGGGCGGUGGUGGUUAGCGCAGUGGUGAGUGGUGGACAACCUGACCAGGUUCUGAGUCGCCUGGUAUCAACCAAAUAUGGCAAGAUACAGGGUUUCAUCCGUCACCACGCGAGACACCAACUCCAACCCGUCGAGGUCUUCCUCGGAGUACCUUACGCUUCUCCGCCCAUGGGAGAUGGUCGCUUCACGCCCACCAGCAGCCCACUGCCCUGGGACGGGGUGAAGCGAUGUACCGAGCUCCCGCCCGUCUGCCCGCAAUCGUUGGUGAACACAGAAGACGGAGAGCUGCCUCCCGGCCGCGCCUCUCAGCUGGCCUCCUUCAGACUCCUGCUGCAGCAUCAGAGCGAGGAUUGUCUCUACCUCAACAUCUACAGCCCGCAUGACGGUGGUGGGCGGUAUCCCGUAAUGGUCUACAUCCACGGGGAGAACUUCUCCUGGGGCUCCGGCAACCUGUACGACGGAAGCGUCCUGGCUGCCUACGGCCAGGUCACCGUCGUAACUCUCAACUACCGUCUAGGACCACUGGGUUUCCUCAACACGAGCCCAAAUGGGAGCGGGCGAGGAGUGGUGGGCAACCAGGGGCUCAUGGACCAGCUGGCGGCACUCUCCUGGGUCAACGAGAACAUCGUCCACUUCGGCGGAGACCCUACCAGGGUGACUCUCUUCGGGCACUCCUCCGGUGCCGCCUGCAUCAACUACCUGAUUGUCUCUCCAGUUGUGGUGCCAGGACUAUUCCACCGGGCGGUGCUGAUGUCAGGAUCAGCGCUGAGUCCAUGGGCGGAGGUGCAGGACGCUCUCUCCGUCACGGCCCGUCUGGCAAAACACCUCAACUGCUCCCUCCCCACCAACCUCAGCGAUCGACACCCAGAAACCAUGGCGUGUCUUCGUAACGUGUCGGCCCAGCGGCUGGCCACAGUUAGCCUGCCCGAGUACAAGUUUACCUCUAUGUUUGGUCCCAGCGUCGAUGGGGUGGUUGUGCCUGAGGACUUCAAGACACGGCUCAGCAGGGUGCUGGAGGGAAGACAGAUGAGCGUCCUCUUCGGUGUGACGGAAGCGGAUGGCUAUCCUGAACUCAACAGCAAGCAGGCUACCGACGGCUUGGACGUGCAGGAGCGUAACCGCUUGCUCAGGACCUACGUCAGGAACAUCUAUCACCACCACCUGCAAGAGAUCUACCUGGCCAUCACCAAGGAGUACACGGACUGGGGCAACCCGGCGCAGCAUCCCGUGCAGGUACGAGACUUGACGGUGGAGGCGCUGAGUGACGGAGGGUACCUAGCGCCUCUUGCUAAGUUUGGGGAGACGAUCAGUGGACGGGCAGACGCCUACAUGUACGUCUUCAACCACCACGAGAAAGACCGCCAGCGGUUGGGCAGUGUGUUCGGAUCAGAGGUGCCACUGGUGUUCGGAGCACCAUUCAUGGACAGCCCGGGCCACUGGACCACCAACUUUACCAGACCCGACGCCCUCGUCUCCGAACUCAUCAUGAGGUACUGGACCAACUUUGCCAAAUCUGGGGACCCCAACCUACCGGAGGAGGUGAAGCCUGUGCUGAGCUACAAGGAGAGGGAGAGGACCAAGCAGCGCAACAUCACCUGGGAACCCUAUGAAGCCAUUUACGAGAAGUACCUUGAGAUAAGUUACCGGCCGCGCCUGAAGGACCACUACCGCGCACACAAGGUCGCCCUCUGGAACUGGCUUAUCCCGGAGCUGGAGGAAGCCGGCUCCAAGUACCCGGACUCCGACGCAGAGGCCUGGCACGCCUCUGAGGACCCAAAGCACUUUAUUGGCCCCGUCAGACCCCUGGACCCCUUCAGGUUCCUCCAUACUACACACGUGACGUCGACGUCGGCCGCGCCAGCACUACCCACGCCCAGUGACGAAUAUCUGCCGCCUAACGUCAGCGCCGCCCACGGCAGCGUCACCCGUCCCGUCAAUGUCUCGUCAGAAGUGGCACCGACUGGACAGUUACUCGACUACACCACCGCUCUCACCCUCACCGUGGCCAUCGGCCUCUCCCUCCUGGUCCUCAAUGCUAUACUCUUCGCAGCGCUCAUCUACAAACGGGACAGAAACGCCAUGGGACCAAAAAUCAAAUACGACAGUGCAUCAGCGCAGCCUUUGUGCACAGUAGACAGUGGGAUGCGUUCUGUGUCCACUCACGAGGCUCUGUCUUCUCCCGUCAAGGACAACAAGUCGGCGUGCAAUGUUGACCUGCAGUGCACAGAGCUGCACACUUUCCCCACGCCACCUGACAUCGGUGACCGCAACACCGAGGUCACCUUUCACACCAGCAAUUCGAUGCACUCGUUACUAUCCCAGCCGACCAGUCAGUUCAUUCCGCCUCCGCCGCUCCUCGCUACGACGCCGCCCACCCCACCCGUAGCUGGCCAGCACGGCGAGGGCGGCCUCGAGUCCGGAGCGUGUGGGGGACCCAGGUGCUACUCGGACGUCAGCAAUGGCCAGUACGCAGACGUCGGAGGGGGACAGUAUCCUCCUGACGUAGGCCAGUACCCCUCGGAGAUCAAAAGCGGACACUAUCCAGAGAUCAAUCUCGAACAAUACAGGAGUUCCGGUGGAGGCCAGUGUGUAGAGCCCAGCAUCGCCGUGUACCCCGCCACGUCCAGCAGCUCGUGUCCCUCCUACCAGCCCCAGCACGCCCAGUACUGCUCCCACUACUCCGCAAGCGUCAGCCAGUACUCCUCCUCCACCGACCAAUACUCCAUUUCAGGGAGUCAAUUUUCCAGUCCAGGAGCUCCGUGUGGGACCUCGACGUGUCAGUUCUCGGAGCCCGGGGUGCAGUGCCUCCCACAGUCGUCCUACAGCGACGACGGCCAGGACCUGAUGGCUCCCAGGACUAUCCGUAGUGCAACACUGCAGAGGGGCUCAUCGUCCUCUUCGUCCUCGUCGUCUAGGAAGCCUCAGCCACCACCCCGCGGCUCCACGCUGCCCUCCUACGCUACUCUUCCUAGACACAGCUCAAAGGACUCACUUUCUCACAUUAAUGCAUAAUGUCAUUCCACACACAAGACCACUAAGCUAAGGACGUCUAAUUUGUUAAUUAAGAGAUAAUAAUUUAACGCUCAAGUACGACUGAAAACGGGUGACUUCAAUUGUACACAUUGGGGGAUCUUUCACCCCAUAGUAUAGCGCUAGACUAUGCUAUCCGGACGACUAGUCAAUUGAGUGGAAUGUAUUGAUGAACUUAGGUAGGGUGGGCCUUCACAGCUGCUGUAGAAAUUGUAGUGAGACGGUGAAUACUGACAGCAGUGAACAGUGACACUGGCUAGACAGCGCCACUCUCCUUAUGUGCAGUGUACAGACAACUAUGAUUUUAAUCACCUAUUCUUAUAUCAGCCGUGCGUGUGUGGGUGUAUGUGUGUGUGUGUGCGUACCGUUCAGUUCCCCAUCACAUAGGUCUCACCUAUACGCUACGAGUUACCAAACAUCACCGUGUUUAAGAGUACGUGUCAAGGGCUGGAAGUAGGUCUUCCUACUUCCAAGACUGCACUGUAUUUAUCUCCUAAUACCAAUAUGGGUAAUAUUUAUUUAAAUAUUUUUUAUGCUUAUAUUGAUAACGAAAGUCAUUAUAGGCACUUUUUGGGUGGUAUAUAAUUCAUAGAUUUUGAGAUUCACCUGUUAAUAAUUUUAUCUUACGUGUUGAGUGUUAUAAAACAAUCUAGCAAAAAAUAUAGAACAUUUUUCUACAUCUCGAAGCUCAGUAUUCGUUCUCAGUUGUUUUACUUGUCAGUGGAAGAACGAAUACUGUGAUAAUUUAGUGCACAUUAGGUUGGCUUUUUAUCAUUCAUUUGAUUUUAUGAAGCAUCCUACUGUCACAAUUAGUGUCUGGGUUGAUUGUGGUGGUCUGUCACCUGACUGGCUAUUUAUGUAGCCUGUCACGUACCUCUGAUCUAGUUAUGGCGGACUGUCAUAUGUCGUCUCUGGUAUAGCUAUGGCGGACUGUCAUAUGUCGUCUCUGGUAUAGCUAUGGUGAACUGUCAAAUGUCGUCUCUGGUAUAGCUAUGGUGGCCUGUCAUAUGUCUUCUCUGGUAUAGCUAUGGUGGACUGUCAUAUGUCGUCUCUGGUAUAGCUAUGGUGGCCUGUCAUAUGUCGUCCCUGGUAUAGCUAUGGUGGACUGUCAUAUGUCGUCUCUGGUAUAGCUAUGGUGGACUGUCAUAUGUCGUCUCUGGUAUAGCUAUGGUGGACUGUCAUAUGUCGUCUCUGGUAUAGCUAUGGUGGACUGUCAUAUGUCGUCUCUGGUAUAGCUAUGGUGGCCUGUCAUAUGUCGUCCCUGGUAUAGCUAUGGUGGACUGUCAUAUGUCGUCUCUGGUAUAGCUAUGGUGGACUGUCAUAUGUCGUCUCUGGUAUAGCUAUGGUGGCCUGUCAUAUGUCGUCUCUGGUAUAGCCAUGAUGGCCUGCCACAGACCUCUGGGUUUACAAUGUUGGUCUGCUAAUAGCUGAUAGCUUCAGUCACAUCGCAAAAAUCUAUAUUACGGCUACAAGGUUCAAAAGAAAAAGGCAAUGUUGUGUGACAGUGAGGUAUUUGAGUGCUCAGUGCAAGGUCUUUAACUGAACAAGAUCAUGUGCAUUUAUGGAAAUAUUAUUUAAUUUUGUAAAUUCAUUUUUUACUGGUGUUAGUUACUUUCGUUAUUGGAAGCCAUAAUUGUUAAACAUGAUAAUUAUUAUCACCGGUUAUUAUUAUUGUUUUUAUUGUUACUUAAUACAUACUACUACUACUAAUAAUAAUGCAUAAUGAAACCGCAUUACCGUGAUGUAUCAAUUAAAUAAGUAGGAGCCACGAGGAGGAUUCGAACCUGCACACAAUCUAAUCCCGAGCACACGCCUUAAAUCACAGACCCGAGACAUGCUAAAAAGCAAUGCAAUUUGAGCUUCAACUGAAUCCUCUAUGGGUCCUGAGGCUUCUACUAAAGCCAAGUCAGGGUUUCACAAAUUGCCAGCAUGCAUUUUGUCUGGUUGUUUAAGCAGUGUGCCUGGGAGUACCCAGUGUGCAGGUUCGAAUCCUCGUGGCUCCGACUGAUUCUAUCAAUAAUGAUGAUAAUAUAAAUUAUUUUAUUAUUUUUCUUAUCUUAUUAGUAUUAUUUUUCUUAAUAAUAGUAUUUAACUAACAAUUAAAGCAAUAACAAUAACACCGGUGAUAAUAACUACCAUUUUUUAACAGUUAUAGUUAUCUUCGCGCACUAUCAUUAUUAUUAUUAUUGAAGUGUUUGGAAAUUUACUAUUAUUAUUAUUAGUAUUAUUAAAACCGUUGUUUUUGUUUUUAAUCUUGAAUAUAUAAGAGUUCAGUAACAAAGGUAUUUAGCAGGCAAGAAGACUAUGUUAACCCAUUUUCAUUUAAUAAUAUAAAUUGGAAAAAAUAUAAUACUUCAUAAUCAUUGAAACUAGCAUAACUAAAUGAAAAAUAAAAACAGAGAAUAUCCUGACAUAAAAUCUUAAUAAAAUGCCAUGGGCCUACACCAUAGCCAGGUUGAUCCCAACUGUUUCAGGCGUAUCCUACAAGAUGCUUGAAGAACAGCCCUAUAGUUACUAGACCGUGACUUCAUACGAAUUAGUUUGCAUGAGUGUCUUCUCUAAUUCCAGGUUUGUGUACAGCUUCUCCAUACUUCCUCGAGCGCCUCUCUUAGUGUUUCAUCCAUAUUGUAAGUCUCAUACACGUGAACUUUGGUUUGACAUCUUGCCUGAUAGCAAGGUUGUUCUCAUUUUGUUCAAACCAGCGAGAAUACUUUGAGUGUUAAAUGUCUUCGUGUGUAUUUUUUAUUUGAAUAAUAAUUAUAUAUAUAUAUAUAUAUAUA